GUGCGCAGCUGCCCCCUUCGCCCCUGCGCAUUCAUUCGUAAUGAAAUAGUACAAUAGUAUAGGACAUACUGCUUCAUCGAAGAUAAGAAAUGGAUUCAAAUUUUAUCUCUCUGACUGAGGUAUGUGAAAGUGACUUGAUCAUUAAAAAAAUGAAAGCCAAUUGAUAAAGUUAACUGUGGUGUAGUGCAUUGAGUGAUGAGAUUGGUAACCGAUGGAGAAAAAUGCCGUCCAUCGAGCUGUCAAACACUGUAGUUUGCCAUAACCUUGAUCGCAUAUGAUCCUUCCAAUUUGUUUACCACAAGCCUGAUUGUUAUGAACGAAGAUAUUCCAGUUGAUGAGUAACCGUUGAACACCUCGGCGAUUGCAUAAUUUAUUUAUACUACAAUUAUUUAUUCAACGGAUAUUGUGACAUGCUGUGAAUUAUGAGGGGGGAGGGGAGUAUGUGUCGACCUAGAAAAGUUUUUUGAUGACAGAGCCUCGAGGGAUUUGCAGAGGAAAUUGUUUUGAAUAUUAAUCGGAUAAUGAAUAUUGAGGAGAAUCGUCUGAGGACUUUCAGCGACUGGCCCCAGGACGCAGCAGUCAGUGCCUCGAGAAUUGCAAAAGGUGGAUUUUACUACACCGGACAUUCUCUGGAGGUUCAGUGCUUCAUCUGUGGAAUUAGGGUAUCCGAUUGGAAUUAUGGAGAUCAAGUGAUGGUGAGACACAGGCAGGCCGAGCCCAACUGUCCGUUUGUCAGGGAUCCAGCUAGUACUUGCAAUGUGCCAAUUGUUGAAUCACUCGAGAGCAUCACUUCCCAGCCAACCUCGUCUUCGCAUGUGUCACAGGGAGGUGAUGCACGUGGUAAUGUUGAGCAGGCGUCUAGGGCAUCGACAAUUGCGCAGAGUGAAAAUCCCAGGGUUGAGUAUGGGAGCUUUGCACAGAGACUUGAUUCUUUUCGUAAUUGGCCAAGCACUGCUGCUGUCACACCUGAGCAGCUGGCUAGGGCUGGAUUUUAUUACCUUCAGUCGGAAGAUAUGGUGGAGUGUGCUUUCUGCAGAGGAAUCAUGAGAAUGUGGGAGCUGGGGGAUGAUCCUGAUGUUGAGCACAGAAUUGGAUUUCCUCACUGUGAUUUUUACGCUCAUCAGGAGUCGAAUUCAGGGCUGUCAACGGAAAAAGAGGAAUUAGGAAAUGUUAAAUUACUGUCGGCAUCGGCUGCGGAUUUACACAGAUUAGGAAUUCAAAAGCAUACUGCUCCUAGACAACCUAAGCAUGCCACCUAUGAGGGCAGAUUACGAACAUUCCAAGGUUGGCCGGAGAAUCUUCGACAGACACCUGAAAUGCUUGCAACUGCAGGAUUUUAUUAUGUUUCUUCAGGAGACCAAGUUCGAUGUUUUCACUGCGAUGGGGGUCUCCACAAUUGGGAAGCUGACGACGACCCAUGGACGGAGCACGCCCGUUGGUUCCCCAAAUGCGGUUACGUCGCAAUGGUUCGAGGUCAGGAAUUCAUUCGACACUGCGUAGAUAAUCGACCGCCCCUGGAUCCUCUCAUAUUCCUUGGAGUACCUGAAGAUGGUGAUGAAGAUGUUACAGGUACAUCUAUGGGUCCAUCCAGAUCCUCGGGUUCAACAUCCACAUCCAGAAGCAGGCCAAUCUCAGAUUCACAAGUGGAAGAGCUCUUGCACUCAACACCAGCAAUAACAGCUCUUCAGAUUGGAUUGAAUGUUGGCAGAGUCAAAAGGGCGUUGAGAGAACGAAUGGAAACAAUGGGUACACCGUAUACGAAUGCUGAUCAGCUGAUCGAACAUGUUCGUCAUAUUCAUUUGACUGAGGAGAGCAAUGGACUUGACAAUAACGUGGAAUCAUCAUCCUCCGAGCUUGCAACACUGCUGAGUCAAGUGAUAAGCGCGCAGUCGUCAUCAAACCGAGCACCAGAGUCAGCGCGAACGAAUGGCAGACAAAACGAUGUGAAAUUCCAGAAGAGUUCUGACGAGGAAAAUCGAGACGAUCCCGAGCACUCAGAUAAAGACAAAAGAGUGGAGAGGAAAACGGAAAAUGGAUUGAGCGACGAGCCACUAUCUCUGGAGGAGGAAAAUCGAAGGCUAAAGGAGGCUCGUUUGUGCAAAAUCUGCAUGGACCGAGAAGUAUCCGUUGUCUUUCUACCCUGUGGUCAUUUAGCCACGUGCGUUCACUGCGCCCCAUCACUUGCUGACUGUCCCAUGUGUCGACAAGAAAUUCGUGCCACUGUCCGCACAUUUCUCGCUUAGGGGAUCUGGUUACAUUUGUCUCAACGACAAAGCGACAUCAGAUUAGUUUUUUUAGUAUAAAUUCCAGACGAAAGAGAAUAUUGUUCAGGUUAAUUUAAUAACUUAUUUGAGCGAAGUUGCGCUGAGUUUAGGGUACCAAAGAGUUAAAACUUAUUGAAUAAUGAGUAUUCCAAUAAUGGAGUUCAAUAAUUGAGUGGGAUGAGGAAACGAUAGUACCUUGUGUUAUCAAUGCAAAAUUUGGUGCUUGACAAACGAGAUAUUACUUUACAGUUGAUUGAUUGAUUAUGCAAGACACAUUCACCUUUUUUUCCUCCCCUGACUGAUGCCAAGCUUGUUAAACAGUUCCAUUCCACUAUUGACUUCAUCAGUUGUUACCUGAAUUGACUUCCCCAAUUAAACUACUGAUGUAUCCAUCCUUUAAAACAUUUGACGACACGUAAGAGAGGUGAUUCAGCGUAAAAAGAAACCGAGCCUUAGCAACCAUCAAUUAUUUUUCUGCUAUAAUUCCUGUAGAAAAUUUUAGGAGAAAAAUAGGAUUACAGAGAACGAUAUAAAUAGCUGUAUAUAUCAUUGUUCAAUGUUGACUCAGUUUAAUGCUAAAAUACAAUAUCCAUUUAGAAUUGAAA